AGAUCAACUUCAGUUCCUGGAUGGUCGACAGGCAAAUCCCACUUCCGAGCCGGAUUUCUAAAAAGGGGGGCUGAGCAACAACAACAAUAAAAAAGGAGCACAACACCGGAAUGAGGAAACUGACGGAGGGCAUUCCGUGCGCAAAAGCAAGUGGAUCCAGGCUGAUAACCAUCCAACGUGAUGAAGCUCAGGUCAGUCCUCCUGAGGACAGGACAGCAUCUCUCUCUCCCUCUCUCCCAUCCAGUGAUGUCUCUGUUGCUCCUCGCGGUGCUGUCUUCCUCGCUCGUGCUGCGUGACGCCGAGGCGUGGGGCGCCAACGCCAAGUACGCAGUGAACUGCCCGGACAGAUGCACCGCGGAGCGCUGCGGCGGCGGCGGCGGCACGCAGCGGUGCGCGCGGACCGUCCUGGACGACUGCGGCUGUUGCCAGGUGUGCGCGGCCGCCAGAGGGGAGCACUGCUACCGCACCGUGUCGGGCAUGCACGGCGUCAAGUGCGGACCGGGGCUGUUCUGCGAGUUCUACAAGGAUGAAGACGAUUUUGGAGACGAAUAUGGAAUUUGCAAAGACUGUCCAUAUGGGACAUAUGGGGUCGAGUGCCGCAAGCCCUGCAGCUGCAAAGGGGGCAUCUGUGACAGGGAGACAGGGGCUUGUCUCACCCUCACUUUCUUUGCCAAAAUUGCCAACAAGCUCAAGGCUGCAGGGCCACAAGCAGGGACUGAGGUGGGCUCAGGACAAGUGAGCUCUGACAGACCCACUGCUCCCAAGAGGCUCAAUCCUCGCUGACAACAAGGAAGAUGUCUAGUAGAAAUGUAGCAUUAACUUAUAAAUGAACCAAAAUGUAUGUUUUGUUAUUUUUUAAAAGUAUUUUGUUCUGUUUGUUUCAGUUUUUAUCUUUUGUUUCUCUGCUUCA